ACCAGAUAGAGAGUGUGCCGUUUUCGUCCAGCUCGAGAGAGAGAAACGUAAAAUUAAGAUUGAAACACACUUUAGCUCGAAAAAGGGAGACGUGAUUGAUGGUGAGGAUCAGCGAUGAUUGUGUAGAUAUGUGACAGGCCGAGGCCUUUGGAAAAUGGAGUUUCUGUCGUGGGGAGGAAGGAAGCCACAUCGGUAUUAGAUUCCUUUUGGCUGCGUUUUUGCAUUUAUGUGAGAUCGACAUUCAGUGCAAAGGAUAAACAAUAUACAUAGAGAAGGAUCAGAAGGGAUUGUGGAUGGAGGGUUCUGGUAGUCCUCGCUUCAGAAAGCUCCAUUUCCCUGUGGGUCUGUGGAUCAACUCCCCCAGAAAACACUUUGCCAAGCUGGGGGGCCGCUGGCCCAGUGCCGUCUCCGUCAAGUCCACCACCAGCUCUGACGCAGCCUCCCUCCACGAGGCCCCCUCUGCCCCUUCCUCUUCGCUGUCUGCUUCCACCCCUUCUCUGGCUGCCCCUGCCCCGUCCCCAUCUCCCUCCCCGGCCUUCCUCCGGCCACGGCCGGCUGGGACCCAGUCCCGCACCAAGCGCCUCUCCCAUCUCUUCCUGCGGGGGCGCUCUAACAGUGACCGGGAUCGGGCGGUGGGGGAGAGGGAGAGAGAGCUCUGGGCCCAUUCUGCUGCACCUUCAUCCCACCACUACCUGCCUCCGGCCUCCUCCACUGCCCCGGGCCUGAUCAAGAUUUAUGGCGAUGCUCUCUCCAGCGGAGCCAACUAUCGCUCCCUGCUGGCCAACAUCCACUCUACAGCCAGGCAGCUCAUCGCCCAGGUCAUCACACGCUACACUGAGAGAGAGAGGGAGGAGACAGAUGAUGCAGUUCUCCAGAAACACAGCCCAGAGGACUUCCUGUUGUGUGAUGUCAUUGGAAAGCCCAUCCAGCAGCCAGAUGGAGCAGUCCAAUGGGAGACGGAGUGUCGGAGAGGCGUGGCCCCGUGGGAGUGCCCCUUGCUGUUAGUCGACAUGUGGCGGCCCAAGGAGGGAUUUGAGCGGCGCUUUGAAAUGCAGAGAAAGGACGACUAUGAGAGGGAAGAGAGGGAAAGAGAAAAGGAAAGAGAGAGGGAUGGAGAAAACUACCAAGGUGUUCGCUGGAGGCGUAGCAGAAUGUCCUCAGGGGGUGGGCCAGAGGAGAGCGAGCGAGGUCACCGUGGGAGGAACACAGAACUUAGGAGGAGCAUCAGUGACAUGAACCUCAGCCUGCGGCGUCGCCAAGGCAACCAUGUCAGUAAUGACCCGCGUCGCUCUGGUAACCUCCCUAACAACAGUGGAGGGCUGCAUGACAGGAAGAAUAUUGUGAGCAUGAUGACCCCACAGCCAGGGGAGAUUACUGUAUCUAAGGCUGAAGGUAAGGUGGGAUGGAUGAACCAGCCAAUGGAGGAAGAGAAAGACUACUCCAGCUGUGACCUGGAAGUGAUGUCACAAAGCUUGAUCCUUCCGCCAACAGACCGGCCCUACUUCCUGUUGCUGCAGGGUUACGAUCAGAGCAAGGAUUUUGUUUUGUACAUCAUGGCGGGGCAUAUACAUGUGUUUGGGAGGAAGCCCACGGUGAAGGAGAGAGAGAAGGACCGAGAGAGAGAGCGAAAGGGCAAGAGGCCGCUGAAGGUGGACACGUUUCUUUCUGCUCCCGACCUGCUGGCCAGACACCUGUUGGUCAGGAGAGACUCGACCAUUCCCGAGACACCCUCGGGACAAGCUCUGAUGCGGCCCUUCAGAGGAGGGGCGGUCACACACAAUGGCGUGGCCCUUUACAGGGAGACGAUCCUGAAGCCUGGGGACGUGAUCGGUCUUGGGGGCCACUUCCUUUUCCUGUAUCGCGACCCCCGUGUAACCCCACCUCCACCAUUGGCACUGGCCCUGCCCUGGCAGGCCGACGCCCCAUCCACCUGCUGCCCGUCUGGCCUGGUGGACAGACAGGAAGCCUUGAGGCAGUAUCUGGGAUCGACCGAAGCACUUUUGAAGUUUCAUCCCCGUCAUGCAGACAUCCUACUACAGGAGAUUAUUUCCAAGAAUUCUUCACCGGAUUCAGGAGGGGGGCCUUUAGCCCCUGCCUACCUCCUCUCAGUCAUGAUAGAUCAUGCCUCCAAGCAUCUCGACCCUGCUCUAACACCCCAGAUACUCCUCAAAGCGGCCAACCUGAUCAAGGGCAUCGUCUGGGAUAACAUUAAGGAAUUCGGGGAUAAGCAUCCCACGCAAAAUUCCACAGAACAGGACGGGGAAAUCAGCACGGCCAACGUCCAGAAACUGUCGUCUGACCUGCGACCUUUAAUGUUUUGGAUGUCCAACGCCACAGAGCUCCUUAACUUCUUCCAAGUCAAGGUUGAGGCCAUGGAAAAGGAGUGGGAGUUUGAAGCUCCCGGAGACCCGGUCUUGGUGGCUGACAUGGACACCUGCUCAGAAGCGUUGGCACAGCUGGAUGAUGUCAUCAUGCACACCUUCCAGCAGUGUGUGUAUCAUCUCACCAAGACGCUGUACUCGCUCCUGCCAGCACUCCUGGACACCAACCCCUUCUCCAACGAGGACAAGGACAAAGAAAAGGAUGGGGCGCAGGAUGCGGAGGGAAGAGGAGGAGGAGGGGAAGGAGAUGUGGAUGACGUGUCCUCCUUGCCCCCCGCCGUGGCCGGGCUGGUGGAGGUUUACCGUUGUUCCUUGAUGUUGUCCCGGGAGGCAUGUCUGUCCCCCCCACUCACCUCCCAAACCUUUGGCUACCUCUUCUUUUUCACCAACACCUCCCUCCUCAACACGCUGCUAGAGAGAGAUGGGCUAUUUUCUUGGUCCAGAGCAGUACAGAUCCGCACUAACCUAGACCUGGUUCUGGACUGGCUACAAGGGGCGGGAUUAGGAGACAUCGCUUCUGAGUUCUUGAAGAAACUGUCAGUCACGGUCAACUUCCUAUGCGUGCCCAAGACCCGCCUUAUCCAGUCAUCUUGGGACAGCCUAUCAGAGGACCAUGCCCUGUUAAGCCCCGCCCAGCUCCACCACCUGCUGACCCAUUACAAGUUGGGACCAGCCAGAGCCCCGCCAGCCACUUGGGCCCCUCCACCGGGCACAGAGUUGAAUGGAGACAUCUUUGAGAGCUUCCUGGACCACCCCCCUCUCAUCCUGCCCAAUGAGACGCCUCGACUCGACCUCUCCCAGCCAAUCCCGAGCCCCGAGCUCCAAAAGGAAGUGACACGUCUCCGCACCUUCUUGUGGGGACUCGACCAGGACGAGCUCCCGGCCAAUCAGAGGACUCGGCUCUGAGCAAGCCUGUAUUUGUCUCAUGGUGGAUUUUGAGCAGCGAUGAAUAAGAUAAACCCAAACACCCUAAAUCCCUCCACUGAAUCAAAUGCAAAUUGGACAUGUUUUUUCACAUGUUUUACAUCGCUUAGGGCGGUGUUUUUAUUGUUAUUAUUAUUAUUAUUAUUAUUAUUCUGAAUCAGCUGAAACAAGGAAGUGACAUGAAGUAGGUUGGAAAUGUCCUUUUUGAAGCCCAUUUACUCAGUCCGAUCACGCCAUGUAAGACACGUGUAUUGCCCCCGAUGAGACUUGAUGGAUGUUUUUUAUGAUGAUAUUUGGGAAAUAAAAGCUCAUGCUUAUCGGCUCCUGGUCUGUGCUU